CCGGAGCGCGGGCUGGCGGCGGGGGCGGCCGGCUGGAGCAGUGGACGGCGGCUGCGCGCCCCGCUGUGCUCUGACCCGCUUCUGUUCGCUCCUGGGAAUCGGCUGUGCGGCUGACACUCCGUAACUGGGACUCUCCACGGCUCUGGGGACGCACGCGCGUGGACCAGGUCCCCAGGGACGCGGCACUCCGGUCCCGCCGCACGUCUGGCUGGAGAUCUAAGGGAACAGAAAACACUCAAACUGGAUUUUUAAAUCAUUGCACAUUAACGAUACAGCCCCAAGUUGCAGAAUGUGACCUUGAACAAAAUACUUCUUAAAAAUUAGCUUCAGGCAACAGAGAAAAGAAAAGUGACCUGUUGUUUUGAAAUACUGGUGUAAAACAAACUGUCCUUGUAGGAAAUCACAACUGGAAAAUUUUGUUUGGCUCUUAAUAUACCUGAAUGAAAGGAACUGUCACCUUACUUCUCACGACUGGAAUUAUCUGAGAUUAUCUGUUGUCUGGACAUGAUCGCCAGGGAAGGGAACACAGAAGAGUAGCAACUCAAGGACGCUGGUCAAGAUGACGUCCGAAGAAAUGGCCGCUUCCAUCCUCAUCCCGGUGCCUCAAAGGAAAGUGGCUUCUGCCCAGUCAGUGGCAGAAGAGAGGGGUGAAAAGGUCUCAGAAGCCGGCAUUCCUAAGACACGUGCUGGCAGACAGGGUGGGCUCACCCCUCGUACCAUCUCACAGCGGAACAAACCUGAGGAAGAAUCUUCUAGAACUGAUUUUUCCCAAGUCUUCUCAAUAGCGAGGGGGGAACUAGACAGCGACGAGAAUCACAAUGAAAGGUGCUGGGAGGAAAAUGUGCCCGGUUCCACGAAAAACCACGCGAUUAACUGCAACAGCUUAUUGCAGAGCCACCAGCAUGAGCUUCCCCCGAGCCAGCUCUGUGAAGCCUGUGACUCUGUCACAGAAGAACCCCUGUGUUUGCAGCCUGGGAUUCCUUCUCCACUGGAAAGGAAGGUGUUUCCUGGGAUCGAACUGGAGAUGGAGGACUCUCCCAUGGACGUGAGCCCUUUGGGAAACCAGCCUGGGAUCGUGGAGUCCAGCGGACCUCACUCUGAUGGCAACAUGGCGGUAUUUCAUUUCCAUUAUGAAGGUGACAGGACAAUGCCGGGUGCUUUUCAUACCCUGUCAGAAAAAUUAAUUUUGGAUGACUGUGCAAACUGUGUUACUCUUCCUGGGGGGCAGCAAAACAAAAAUUACAUGGCAUAUACUUGCAAACUGGUGGAAUUGACAAGAACCUGUGGUAGUAAGAAUGGGCAGCUGAAGUGUGACCAUUGUACCUCGCUGCGGGAUGAAUACCUGUGCUUUGAAAACUCCUGCCGGAAGGCUGAGGCUCUCUCCUCAAGUGGUGGCUUUUGCGAGGACGGAUUUACUCAUGGUCCCUCUGCCAAGACUUUUCUGAACCCUUUGGAGGAAUUCUCUGAUAAUUGUGAAGAUGUGGACGAUAUUUUUAAAGGCAAAAAGGAGCGGUCUACUUUGUUAGUCCGAAGGUUUUGUAAAAAUGACAGGCAAGUUAAGAAGUCUGUGUAUACUGGGACAAGGGCCAUUGUGAGAACCCUGCCUUCUGGCCACAUUGGGCUGGCUGCUUGGAGUUACGUUGAUCAGAAGAAAGCUGGUCUCAUGUGGCCUUGUGGGAAUGUAAUGAGACCUCUGUCCACAGUGGACGUAAGGCAAAGUGGAAGCCAGCCCAGUCUGUCUGAAGCCCAGUGGUGUCUGGUAAGAGUUUGA